AUGAGAGAUGAAGUCUUCGCAAGGAAAUUGGAACCUUGGAUUCACGCUGUCAUUAUGACAUGGUCAUUCUCGACUACCAUCAGUGGAGUGGUGAUGGACGCGUAUCACGAAACUGAAACCAGUCCAAGCUGCUGGGUGUCAACCAAACCAGGCGAAGAGUGUUGGAAUGAUAGCUGUGGUACCGAGAGACUAGCUUGGAUCUUUGGAGGCACUCCGAAUGUAUUCUGCUUGCUGUCUGUCACCAUCAACAACAUCCUAUUGUAUCGUUAUGUCCGAAGAACUAUUGUCACUAGUCAGAGAAAUGCCAGACUGCUGGAAGAUAGAAUGUUAAGGGAAUUCGGCCAAAGGGAUUUAUCAACUGCCGAUACAAUAAAGGAGUCUUUGAGUUCAUUGACCAAACAGGUUGCGCCGAGUCCCGAAAACAAGGAAAACAGGAUUGAAAAGCCAAUGUUUGCUUCCUUCAGGGGCACUCGUAAACCAAAGAGCAUUCUGCGGUCUUCCGACCGACUAUGGGAAAGGGUGCGACAAGUGGGUAUCCAGUCCUUCCUAUAUGUCAGUUCCUACAUUCUCUGCUUUGGACCGACUGUUAUCAGGCAAAUGUUGGACGGAAGAGGCGUCGAGAAGACGGAGGGAGCGGGAAAGAUCUUUCUUCCCAUGCUAUUCAUUCAAGGCGUACUCUUACCUUCACAGGGUAUAUUCUUCUGCAUCAUCUUUUUUCGCCCCAAGUAUUUGCAGAAUCGGAAGAUGCAACCCGACAGAUCUCGAUUUUGGGCCGCCAGCAGUGCAAUGAAAGUGGAGAAAAAAAGGGCCUUGGUGAUCCGGGAACCUCCCAAACCCCACCGACGUGGCACUGAUCACGGUCCAAAGGCAGUGGACGAGAACCAAGAAGUGGCGGAUGCGGAUGUUAUUGCAGGUGCUGGAUUGCGUCUCUCUGAAGUGUCCGACAGUAGCAGCGUUGAUUCCGUCAUGCCAUCUCUGUCAAGUCGGGUGGAUACUGCAUCAAACCAAACAUCAUCUCCAACAGGUCGAAGAUCGAUCAUCUCAAUCUUGAGUGGGGCUAGUCACCGAAGAAGCACAGCAUCCUCGUUUGAAGAAAGAACUGCUACAUCAAUGUCAUGUUCUGGUGACCUGAAGCUGAGCAAUUUCUCAUCGGCUGCCGAUCAUCCUGAAGGAUCGUCUUCUCAUGAAGCUUCUGAGUCUAGUGAUACAAAAGGAACGUUUUUUAGGGUGGAUGGCUUUGAUACUGUGAAUUCCUCACUUUACAGUACAUAA